AUGCUGUUCCAAUUUGUUAUAGCACUUUUGAUCACCUCAACGUCCGCUAAAACCGAGUUUUUCGGCAAAGCUGAUAGUGAUGACGUCCACGCAAAUAUUCGAUUCGAAUUUGAGCUUAAUGUGGAGAUUGGGACACCAAGUAAGUACCAAUCUUAGAUGGUCCUGUUGUAAAGUAGAUUUCCUGUAAUUGGCCGAUCUUUAGGCAAGACAUUCAAACUCGCAAUUGAUCUUCAGUCUGAUGAGAGCUGGAUCUAUGCAGUAUCAUGUCGGACUUGUCACUCCCACUGGAAUAUCAACCAUUAUGACUACUUGUAAGUGCAAAGAGAUCGAUAUUAGUCUGUCGGGAAAAUAACGAACACUCUAUCGCGUCGAAAAUUUCAUCGCCGCCGAGAAAAUAAAUUGUGUAGCGGAAAAAUCAAAUUGCUUUUCGGUUCAGCAACGCGACUAGCGCAGAGUUAUCUAUGCUGCGCUCAUAACUUUCCCGACAGACUAAUAUAAAUAUAUUGGUAUCGCCUUACUUGACCUUUUGAAAUUAUCAUAAAUUUGAUCAAGUUCAUGCUUGAAAAGAAUUUGCCGUAGGACGUUCAAAGGCAUAGAGAGUUGUAGAUUUCGUGGAGGGCCACGGCAAACUGAAAUAGAACAAAAAUGUCUCACGCCCACUUUUGAGUUUUGUCCAAACGAAGUGUCACAACUAACAAAAGCAAUAAAAUAAUUUCGAGAAAAAUAUUUUUCCAUCGAAAAACCAUACGAAAAAUUCUGUUGUGACAUUUCGUGUGAACUUGAGCGAUACUGGGUGUGCGAAGUGCCGAAACGAGGAGGGAGACUCCCUGGGUUGCCGUGAGGGCUAGCUAGCAUAGUCUCUUUUAAUUCGCACAUUUUGGUACUUGAAGUCGGAAAACUUGCCAGCAGUAAAAUAAUAAUUAGUAAGCUUGUAGAAUGUCACCAUAACUUUUUCCGUUGCUAUUGGUACAGUCGACGAAAGAUUUUUAGCCAUUUCGUUUUCGAAGCCAUAAAAAUCUCGAUGCAAAAGUCGCUACAAAUACACACAUACCGGUUAGCUGAAGCUCAUGAUGGCUAAAACUUUCAGUAAAACAAAGUAAACAUAUUUGGCUUAAUGGGCAGAAUAUUUGCUUCUCCGUAUUUUACCCUAACAACACCAAAAAAUCGAAUUGCUUUACAGGUCCUCCAAGACCUUCAAGAACGUCUCAACUCUGUUUUCCAAGACCUACUCCAGCGAAAGUUAUAACAAGACGAGCAUAGUCAAUGGAUACGUGGCGAACGAUGAGUUCCAGGUAGACCCAAUACAUCGUUUUUUCUCCAAGCUGCGCCCUCAGCUUGCUUGAUGAUUACAAUACUAAAGACAAUUUUUCAGUUCUCCCGUGAGCCCGCUGGGCGCUACAACUUUAACUUGAUAACUCAACUCAAAGACGAGGACAUGACUGAAGACGCUUAUGGAGACCAUCAUAGUGGUUUGGCUGGGUUCGGCUUCCCCUCGAAUGGAGAUACGAAAUGGAUUGGAAAUAUUGCCUUCAAAGGAGAAAAGAAGGUGAUUUGUCUUGGAAAUUAUGGGUAAGGUUUUGGGUUUUGUUCAGUAAUAUAUGAACUGUCUUCUGCAAGGAAUACAAAGAAUUAGCACAAAAAGCUCCAAUUCAACGAGACCCAUUUAUAGCGGGACAAAUGCAGAGGUCCCAACGGUCGAGUUUAGGUCAAAAUAAACUUCCUUACAGUUCUUUUUGGUCCCUCGCAGUUUGCUGUACUUACACCAAAAUUUCACUGUGUACGGUUUAUGUAGUUUCGCUGUGUUUGUUCUCGGGCUUUUCUCAAUCUGGGGCCGACAGAACCCUCUGCAUUGGUCUCGAAAACCAUAACCCUAUUGGCUUAGCUAUUCAACCAAUUUUGCGAAAUUGGAUAUAAAUAUUGGCCCAAUACCCGAUCUGCCCCAAAUGAAAGGUUGCGUUUCAGUGACGGCCUCGCUUUCCGCUCCUUCGGCGGGUUUCCAUCCUUCCACCAUCAAAACCUCUCCUCAUUGGCCGUUACAACAAGUAGUGGGAAAUGGACCGUUAAGAUUGGUGGUCAACAAUACGGAAGAGUUCGAAUAGGUCGUCCAACCGACGUUGCCAUCUCGACGUUGACUCCUUAUAUUCACGUCUCCAAGGCAAUUUUCAGUGCCGUAAUGAGAGAGCUGAUUCCGGACAAUCAAAAUGGCGAGAAAGUUGUUGAUUGUGCCAAAAACGCGACAGCCUUGCCUUUGAGAAUUCAAGCCGGGGAUGUGUGGCUGGACGUGGAGCCGAAGAGAUAUUUGCGAAAAAUUAAGGUGAGUCUUCAAAAAGUUGUGGUUGUUUCUGAUGGCAUUUUUAACCAUACCACUUUUUUAUCUAUUUUUUGAAUUUUCAAAAAAUUGAAGUUUUGUGUACCCUCACAUACACAUGGAGGCUACUAGUCCUUCCGGAAAGUCGCCGGACUGAUUUUUGGCGUUUGCACUGUGCGAAAAGACUCAGGGUGCGAGCGACAUCCCAAAAAAGCCUAUUGCACGGUGCACGUCAAACUGAGGAGUCCGGUGACCCGAAUAGACUCUUCGCUAUCGGUUUUUUACACUUCGUCUAUUUCGCAGAGAAAGAGAGAAAAAAGACACGCAAAAACGUACUCUCUCGCCCCAAAAAUUCCCCAUUUCUCCCCCGACACAACGUUUUUUCGCGUCUUUUUUUGGCAAAUUGCCAAUCGAUUCACCGGACUUUUUUAGCUUGUCUCAGUUUGACGUGCGGUGCAAAAGGCAAGAAAUUGCACAGUGCAAAGUGAACUUUCGUUUUCGCAGAGUGCAUGUCGCCGAUUUCCGUCCGGCGACUUUCCGGACGGACUAGUAAAAGAUAGGGCUUGCAACAGAAUGCCAAAAAUUUUAAACAAUGGCAAGAAAUUCAAGUUUUCAUGUUCUAGAGGUCUAAACUACACUAGCCUAGCAUAUACACUGCACAGAAAAUCCGUGCACAAUAGAACCUUUCCUUGAGCUGCCAUUUUAGCACUAUUUCUUUACUUGCAACACAACGCCAAGACUUUCAAUUUCAGGCGGGAAAUUUAAAAUUUAUGAAUUUCAAAUCAUGUCAGUUGCGUUAAAAGUGUAUAAAAAGCAAACCUAAUCCUUUUUGAUUCUUGCAACACAAUGCCAAGGCCUUUUUGACGCUUACAACGCAUUGCCAAAAAUUUGGAAUUUGCGCGGGAAAUUUGAUAUUUAUUUUUUUUUAUGAAUCCUCUCUAGUGCCUAAAAAAUGGCUGAAAGUAAUACCAUCAACACCGCACCCAACGAACAGCUUCAAAGGCUCCAAGGACUCAAUUUUCUGCCGAAAAAACUCCGUACAACAAAUGCCUUCUAUAACGAAAAAUUUUUAGGGGUCCUUGUGAUUCGUUGAACGGAGGCUUGACUGUUUUUGGACUUUAAGAAAUUUGCCAUAGACUAAUAAAACAAGCCAUUUUGAAAUAGGACUUCUGUAUGUGUUGCGAAACAUAUUUUUUAUUUUCAGGGAUCAGAAAACAAAUGUCUAUUAUUAAUCAAGCAGAGUAAAUUGGACACUGAGCUGACCUUUGGUACUUCGUUUUUGGAUGACCAUCCAAUCUGCGUCAACUACGACCAAAAGCUUCUGCACUUCCUCAAAGUCAUCCCAGUCAUCCGUACCACCACUGCAAAGCCAAAAAUUGAAUUUGGCAUAUAA